AUGGUUGACACUCACAAUGACGAGGAAAACCCAACUCCACUUCGAAUCCUAGAUUCUGGUGGCGCAAGCAGUUCAAUGGUUGCUCCUGUGGAUCAUCCGAUCAGUGAAGGUGGUCCACAGGCAGAGGAGACGUCGGCAGCACAAGAACAGAGGGAAGAAUCGGCAAACGGUUAUGAAGGCGAGGAGUCAGCAUCUCACAGCUCAUCCAGUGAUCCAGAUUCAGAGAUAGAAGAAGAGAUGGCCGCUGGCAGAACAUUAAAGGAGUUGGCUGCCCCUGAUUUUAAUCAUCAGCCUUUGUGUAUUCAAUACCCUACUUUAGAUGUUGCUUUUGAACUUAAGUCUGGUCUAAUUCACUUGUUGCCUACAUUCCAUGGUCGUGCAGGUGAAGAUCCAAAUAAACAUCUAAUGGAGUUUCACGUUGUCUGUUCAAGCAUGAAAUCGACUGGAGUGACAGAGGAGCAGAUUAAGUUGCGAGCUUUUCCUUUUUCGUUGGGGGAUGAUGUAAAGGAUUGGCUCUAUUAUUUACUAUCGGGGACAGUCACAACAUGGAACGAGAUGAAAAGGAUGUUUUUAGAAAGAUAUUUCCCAGCAUCUAGAGCUGCCACUAUCAGGAAAGAGAUAUGUGGGAUAAGGCAAUAUAAUGGAGAGACGUUGUAUGAAUAUUUGGAGCGAUUCAAGAAGCUAUGUGCAAGCUGUCCUCACCACCAGAUAAGUGAUCAAUUGCUAAUUCAGUAUCUCUAUGAAGGAUUGCUGCCUAUGGAAAGAAAUAUGAUAGAUGCAGCAAGUGGAGGUGCUUUGGUAGAUAAGACUACUGAAGCUGCCAAACAGUUAAUCUCAAACAUGGCUGCCAAUUUCCAACAGUUUGGUACAAGACAUGAUGCGCCAACCAAAAAGGUGAAUGAGGUAAGUACAUCUUCCAUUGAACAACAAUUAUUUGAUCUUACCUCUCUUGUUAGACAAUUGGCUGUAGGGAAUGCGCAACAAGUAAAAGCUUGUGGGAUAUGUUCAACAAUGGGACACCAAAUGGACAUGUGCCCAACACUUCAAGAGGAAGGGACUGAACAAGUCAACACAGUAGAAAACUUUUCUGGACCACCGAGGCAACAUGAUCCUUACUCCAACACGUACAAUCUAGGUUGGAGAGAUCAUCCGAAUUUCAGUUAUGGAGGAAAUAGACAAGUAGGAGGUGGACAGAAUUUCUUCCAAAAUAGACAACAACAGCAACAAGGUUUUCAACCGAAGCAACCUGCAUCACAGAGUUCAAACUCAUCCCUGGAAGAUAUAGUUAAGUCCCUUGCUUUGAAUACCAAACAGUUUCAACAAGAUACAAGAUCUAGUAUUCAAAGUCUGGAGAAUCAGAUGGGUCAAAUGGCAACUGCUAUAAGUCGUUUAGAGGCUCAAGUUGGAGGAAAGUUGCCUUCUCAAAUAGUGGUGAAUCCAAAGGAGAAUGUGAAUGCAGUGACGCUAAGAAGUGGCAAGAAAGUGGAAGAACCAAAGCUGAACAUUCCAAGUGUAGAAAAGGAGGCAGAGAUUAAAGAUGAAAUUGAGAAAGAAAAGGCUACAACUAAAUCAAAGGUAAUUCCUAACCCUUCAAUUCAACUUCAGUCUAAUACUUUGCCUUUUCCUAGCAGAUUUGCGAAGUCAAAGAAAGAAGAGAAGGAUAAAGAAAUUUUGGAGAUGUUUCGCAAGGUGGAAGUGAAUAUACCUCUAUUGGAUGCAAUUAAACAAGUGCCAAGGUAUGCAAAAUUUCUUAAGGAGCUAUGCACCAAUAAGUGGAAGUUGAACGGUGAUGAGAAGAUAAUAAUGGGAGAAAAUGUGUCAGCAGUUUUCCAAAGAAAACUUCCUCCCAAAUGCAAGGAUCCAGGUAUGUUUACAAUUCCGUGUAAGAUAGGUAACACCAGAAUUGAGAGAGCUAUGGUAGAUUUAGGAGCUUCGAUUAAUGUUAUGCCAAGAUCUAUUUAUGUUUCAUUAAAUCUAGGUCCUGUGAAAGAUACUGGUGUUAUUAUCCAAUUGGCUGAUCGCACUAAUGCAUACCCUGAAGGGGUAGUUGAAGAUGUUCUUGUGCAGGUCAAUGAGUUAGUGUUUCCAACGGAUUUUUACAUUCUGGAUAUGGAUGAUUCUUCGUCUCCUGACCCUGCACCUAUCUUAUUGGGAAGACCAUUCCUAAAUACAGCUCGGACAAAAAUAGAUGUUCAUGAUGGUACCCUCACAAUGGAAUUUAAUGGUGAAGUAAUUCGUUUUAAUAUUUAUGAUGUCAUGGAGUCGGGCUAA